AUCGUACUCAGGCAAAAUAUGAUUUUACCUUGUACAUUCUAUGAAGAAUAUUAUAUUUUGAAUAUUUUAUUUAUUUUUGUAUAUCAUGUGCAUUCUUUGCGUUUCUUUACCUUGAAAAUCCUAUAAAUGCAUAAAAAUCCGCAGUCUAGACAUAUUGAUGUCAUGUUGAUGUUACUUCUACGGUAUUUGAUAUAACCUCAUGGGAUAAUUAAUCUGAGCUUGGAGUAUUUAGUGCGUCAGAAAACCGGGAACCCCGAAAUACUUCAUGUGACAUACUACAAUAAACUCGAACGAUACAUCCAACUUUUGGGGCAAGAUCCGCGUCAUAAAAGUAGCACUAGAAAUAUGAUUGUAACAAUAGUGGUGACUAGUAUCGCAAGCAUCACUAUCCCAACGGUAAGAACAACAUUUCGAUCAUUAUAUAGAAAAGUAGGAAGGAUAAAAUGAGGAAACUGAAUCGAGUGAAUGCUACGUAAUAAAGCUAAUAAUCAGGUAAUCUCAUUAAACAAUUGGAACUUGCAAUCGAUAGACAAUAGAGUUAUUUGCGUCGUUGCAUAAAAAGGAUAUGGAUGGAGUCAUCGAGUGUUUGCCACAUUUUGUUGCAUCUUCCAUCAGCGCUGUUAAAGUAUUAAAUAUGCAUUUCAACAAACGAAAUUUCAGUAAACUGUUUCAACUUGUGGCAAGACAAUGGCAGCAGCUGAAAUUCAACAAUGAAUUGCACAUUCUAGAGGAAGUCGUCAUGCAAGGCAACAGGAUGGCACACUUUUAUCGUAGCACUUUAGUAUCUUUUAUGGUAUUGUUCUUGCUAGUGCCACUAAUUUCUCCAAUUCUUGAUAUUGUCCAUCCAAUAAACGGAACUCGAACACGUCAACAACUGCUAAGAGUUAAUUACAUAUUUUUUAACGAUGACGACUAUUUCUUUUACAUUUAUUUACAAUUAUUUUGGAGCUCUAUCGUUGUAGUGUUCACCAUAAUAGGUGCUGAUUGGUUAUACAUGCUAAUAAUUCAUCACAGUAGUGGAUUAUUUGCGGUCUGUGGAUAUCAAAUUCAAAAGGCAACUGCGAAUCCAAACUACCUUACUCGUGAAAGUAUUUUUGAGAAUGCGACGUAUGAAAAGUUUCGAAAUUGUGUGAUAAUGCAUAAGGAAGCCAUACAGUUUUACAAUAUAUUGAACGAAAGCAGCCAAGGGAGUUAUUUAAUUCAGGUUGGAUUGAAUAUAUUGAGUAUUAGCACAGCAGCAGUUCAAACCGUGGUAAAGUUGAACAGACCAGAAGAAGCAAUACGAAGUGCUGUAUUUUGUGGCGCUUGUCAAUUUCAUUUGUUUCUACUCAGCUUACCAGGCCAGGUGCUCCUGGAUCAUUGUUCUGAUUUAGCAAACAAUAUUUACAGCUCCAAAUGGUACAAGGCACCCGUGCAGAUUCAAAAAGUACUAUACGUGAUGCAAAUAAGAUGCAGAAGGUUUUGUUCAUUGACGGCAGGUGGAUUGUAUGAAAUGAAUAUAGAAAACUUCGGAAUAGUAUGUAUAAAUUUAACAAUAUUAUAUGUAUGUACGUACAGUGGUGUAUAAAAAUUUCUGAUUUUUCAUUACUUAUCCCAAAAGCGAUAUUUUAAGAAACCUUACUGAGUAUAUGCCAUAUAUUAGGUUUAUACUAUAACCACAAAGCAAUUAUCAUUUAUUCUACUGUUUCCAAUUAUCUAUUAUGUCCCCAUAUUCAAAAUUAGAUAAAAUUUCUGGCUGAAAACUUUUCCAAAUCAAUAUAUUUUCAUAUAGUAUAUUAACUACUAUUUACGUAUAUUUUAAUCUUCAGACCUUCAAAACGUGCAUAUCCUAUAUUACAAUGUUGAUGUCCCUGAAUGGUUGAAUAUGCAUUACCUGUCGAAUGUAAUCUCAUCCACUGUAUGUUAUACACAAUUUUAUCAAGCAUACAACUAGUAUAAUAAAUAGCUGAGAUGUAAUACUAGACAUAUUUGAUGACAUUUUCGAAUAAAGAUAUAAAAAUCACCCCUCUUAUACAGUGUUAAUAUUUUAGCACAUAAAUCAUACCUGAAUAACACACAUAACACAUAUUUACUAUCAUUUCAAUGAAUUCAAUUUACAUUACUUCAAAAACAAUUUCGCAAUUUUAGAAGAAUGAAAUUGAUGCCGGCAAUGGUAAGUCUAACGAUAACAUAGAUCCAUUGAUUCCAAUAUUCGUGUGUGACAAACAGUGACAACCUUCUCAGUUAAGAAUCCUCAAUUAGAAGUCCGAAGAAGUAACGCUAAAAUGUCAGAGACUAGGAUACACUGGGCAUAAAAAGAACAUCGACUUUCAAGAUCAAUGUCACAAUUUCAAAAACUCUGCUAGUAUUUACCAUUAAAAUUUAACUGGCAUGUCGUACGAGACGGUAUCAAUAUUUCAGGAUAACUAUACAUAAUAAUAAGCCUUUCAUGUUCCACAGAAUAUUUUGAUGGGAGCCAGAAGAACAUCAGAAAAUCAUAGUACUCUUAACCAUGAUGAUGUAAUAAAUUAAAAAUGAUAUCAACUUGCACAGCUGUUCGACAAGAAACUGAAUCAGUAUAAUAUAUAAUGACCAAAAUUAUACAUUUUCAGUAACAUCUAACACCUGGUACAACUACUAUGAACUAUAUUGAUUUCCACGAUCCUUAGAUGGAAACUUGUACUCCAUACGACACUUGUUAAAUACGCGAUUUCUCCUAAACCACUCGCACCAGUUAAAAACGCCAGCGUUAGAAAUCUCGAGCUAUAGCCAGUAACGAAAAGACAUUUACACUAAAACUAUAAAUAAUAUUUAGUUCUUCUUAAACUAAUGAUAACACUGCGGGUGUUUAUGCAAACCUAUAUCUCUAUGAAUAUAAUUGGAAAAGUCGAACCCAGGCAGAAAAUGUGUUUAGCUGUUACAUAUUAUAGACAAUAUUAUAUAUUGAUUAUUUUAUACAUUUUUUCAUAUAAUAUACAUUUUUUUGCAUCUCUUUCCCUUAAAAUUUUCCAUAAAUGCAUAAAAACUCGCAGUGGUUAGUGAAAUUAAUGUUAUGUUAUCGUUAUUUCUAUCGUCUUUAAUAUAACGCG